AUGGAUGAUGAGGAGGAAGAAAUAUCUUGUCCCAAGUGCUCCUUGACCUUACAAACGCCAUACAUUCUCUGUAAACAGUGUCCGGGGUUGGUGAAAAUCUGCACGCAAUGUUUCUCCAAAGGUGCUGAGUUCGGUAUUCAUGAGAAUGACCAUGCUUACACCAUUGUCCGGGAUGACUUUCCCAUCUUUGAAAACUCUUGGUCAGCAGAAGAAGAAGUGCUGCUUUUGAAAGUAAUGGCAGACUGUGGCUAUGGCAACUGGCAGGAUGUGGCCCAAAGGAUGAGGGUAAGGAGUAAGAAUGAGGUGGAGAAACAUUACAACAAGGUUUACAUCAACCAGCCUCACAUGGAGCUCCCACAGUUCCCUGAGGCUGACUUACAGAGGUUUCCUUGUCCAGUGGUGUACAAGCUGUGUGAUGACCCCCCUCGCUAUCCCGAUUCCUCCCAGAUCUUCCAGUUGAUGGGAGGCUAUAUGGCAGGAAGGGGUGACUUCAAUGUAGAGCAUGACAACUUCAUGGAGUUAGAGCUGCGAGCUAUUGAUUUCAAUGAAAGUCCUUCCCAAGAAAAAGACUACCUUGAAGAGAGACUGAAGUUUGAGGUUCUGGAUGUCUAUCAGAACUGCAUUUCUGACAGAUGCUGGAGAAAGAGGAUCAUUCGUAAAUAUGGUUUGAUCAACAUCAGAAAACAUAGACUUGAUCAUGGAAUGUAUCCAACUAAGUUCAAGGAGCUGUUGGAUCUUUUGCGUCCUUUUACAAGACUUUGUAAUCCGGAGGGGUUUGAUAAAUACACACAGGCUCUCAACCUGCAAUUUGAACUGAAAAGAAGUAUCCAUAAACUAAUAGAGUGCAGAGAAAAUGGCAUAACCAAACAGAGAAGCAUAAAAAUAUUCAAAGUUCUGAAGAGCCGAAGGAACGAAAUGAAAUCAAGACGUCACUUGCUAGAUGACAUCCUCAUUCACAUGAAGGACGAGACAUCUUGCCAGACUUGGCUUCAGAAGCAAGCUGUGCUGGAAACCAUGUCGAAAGGAGCGGCAAAUCUACCACUACCUUCAGCCCCUCGCAGAUCAGCUCCGCCCAUGGACAUAGUAGGAUUGCCUGGAUACGAGAGGCUCUCCAAGAAGGAAAGAGAGUUAUGUGCCGGUGUGAGACUUGUGCCUGAAGCCUAUCUAGAAUUUCGGGAAAUUCUUGUCGGGGAAUGUAAAAGAAAUGGGUUCCUUCGAUUACAGCAAGCCAGAACACUGAUUAAGAUUGAUGUGAACAAGACAAGAAAAUUAUAUGACUUUCUAGUUUCACAGGGGCUUAUAACAAAAGAACCAGGUUGAUGUGUCAACAGAAUUUAUUGCUUGAUUAAUAACAGUUUGCUUGUAGAGAUUUGUGAAAAAUUACUGAUACAUUCAUUAUUUUCAGAAGAUACUGUAGUUAAAAAAUUCAUUACAUGUACAUGUUGAUUAUGGAAAAUAAAAAUCAAUGUAUGAUAAA